AUCACAAACCGUGUGCACGGAUUUCCCGCCAUGCACCGGGAGGGAUCCCCACGCUUUCAGUGACGUAUACACAUACAGCUGGUCCGGAGAGAAAGCGUGAAGGUGACAACAUUUCUGUCCCCAACCUGCAGCCAUGGCACUAAGACCAUUGACAAGACUUCUCCAAGCCUCUGCCUCUGUUGCACGGCUUCAUAGACCACCGUUAGCGAGUCCCCAUCUCCUCAGCGCGAGACAAGCCGCUCCGUUCUCCACCAGCCGAGUCCUGAGGUUUUCCUUCAACGUGCAGGACGAGGAGGACUUUAAGGACAGAGUCUUGAACAACACGAAACCUGUCAUAGUGGACUUCCACGCAACAUGGUGCGGCCCCUGCAAGGUUCUGGCGCCUCGUCUGGACAAGGUCAUCUCAGCGAAGAACGGAGAUGUGGAACUGGCCAAGGUCGACAUUGACAACCUGCAGGAGAUCGCCAUGCAGUAUGAUGUGCGUGCGGUGCCGACGGUUGUUGGGCUGAAAGACGGGAAGGUUGUUGACACGUUUAUGGGCGUGGUGGAUGAGGACAUUCUUGAGGUGUUUGUGGAGAAGCUGUCGACGUGAAACCACUCGACAGCGGGGAACAUCAAGAGCAAACAUUUACAUUUUAGAACCAAAAUAUGAUAGUCAUUAUUUUUGCUGAUGGAACCAAGAUUAUUGUCACACAAAUGGAGAAGUAACAUUAAUGCCCUUGUUAGAAAAACAAGAAGAUCAAAUGGCCAAAAGGUCUGCAAACUCGAAAGGACAUUUUUGACUGUAAUUUACACCCAGAGUCUACUCUCCAAGCAGAGGUUCAGCUCCAGCUAUUUUUUAAAUGUGUUUUAGGUGGUUUGCUUUUGUUUAGCAUUCUAUUUUGCCAGCCACGCUGGCGGAUAUGAAGAAAACAGUACAAAACAGACAAAAACGGCUAAAACAUGUCAGAAACAGCCACAGCCGAACAUCUGCUUGGAGAGUACCCAGUGUCCUCUGGAUCUUGUCACAUGAUCUUAGAGAUUGGCUGGUGACCCAGGUCCAUCCAAUAUGAUGAGAUGGAUGGGCUUAGCUACAUCUCUAGCAAAGCCCAUCUCUGCAGUGAUUUAACUUAUCACCUUGGAGCUGCAAGUCCAAAGGCAGUGCUCACGGUAGUUGCCUUCACCACCUCUCUUUUAUCUCAAGUAAGACAGGCUGAGUUGUAUUGAGUGGCUACUACUGCUCUGGUGUAGGUACGUACAUGUAUCACAGGUUGCAAAGUGCAGUCACACUUUUUCAAAGUGCGGUGAAACAACUGCUCAAGGACCCUCAAGGGACUGAGGAACAUGGUUGGUAACUGAGGAGUGAUUGUUGCUUUAGAAAAUAAGGUCGUAAGUAACUCUUAACUAUUUGAAAUUGGACAGUACAGUUCCAUAUGGCUUAUGACUGGAGGGACUUGGCUAUGCCUGGUAUUUGGCUGGCCAAGUUUUACUGUAGAUGGUGAAGUGACAUGUGAUUUCCUUUAAGAACUUAAAAAGAUCGUCAUAUUCUUGUAAGAGCAGUGUUAAGUUUACUGGGACAGUCCAUAAGUUCACUUUGAGGAUUGAGUGACUGACUGUUACAAUGUACAUAAUAAAUCCCCUGGGUGGACCACAUGAAAUGAGAAUUGUUGUGGAUUUUAA